GGAAUGGUCUUUCUGAUUUAAAUAGCAGACCUUCAGGGAAGGGGGGCUGAAUGAAAGUGGAGGUGGGGGAAGGGCAACUCAGGGGGUGCUAAUCCCAGCUUCCUGUCUGGAUUUUCCUUGACCGCUGCUCAGGGCCCAUCUCAGGAUGUUCACAGUUCCUGAAAUAGAUCUCUCCUCUCACCUGUUCUUAAGCAAAUAAGACCUUGAUAACUUCCUGUCAAAGAAUGCAUGCUUUGCUCAUUUCUCCUGGAUGAGGGACAAUAUUGGGCACUGCUGCUGACCUCCCUGGGCUUUUCCACCUCUGUCAAACAGCAGCUCACCUUGGUGGGGACCCAGGGAGCAAACCACGACUGAUGGGGAGUCGAGGGACUAGCCACCUGUUUCUGGCCAGGGCCCAGCCUUUUCUGUGAACUUGGUUGGUGUUUCCUUUCUUGGUCUGCUCCAGAAACCACCCUUGGCUCACAGGAGAACCCCCUCUGACUCAGAGUGACAGGAUCUUCCGUCCUCCUCGCUCACCUGCCCCUGGCCCCUGGCCUGCUCCUACAGAAUUCUCUCUUUCUGCUUAACUCACCAUCCUAAUCAAUUGAGCUUUGGUACCAGAAGAAAACUAAGUGUCUGAGUCAGGGCCGGCCUCCCCAGGCCCGGUACUGGGGAUGCGCAAGCGUGGGAAUUACCCUGAGGGAUAAGAUGUGACGCCCAGCCCCGCUCGGGGAAAUUGGAGGUGGACAUCCAGGAAAGAAACGGGCCUCCUGGGGGAGGAGGGUAGGUCCCGGGGACCCGCUGAACUCAGAGGUGGAGAGAGGAGAGCAGAAGGCGGAGACUUAAUUAAAGCCAACGCUCCAGGUACCUGGAGCCUGGGCGGGACCUGCGCAUGCGUGGGAGGCUUUGGCGUCGCCAGAGUUGUCAAGGUAACCCUGACCCAAGGAAGCCGGCCAUGGCCUCCGGGACUGGAGGGAGCUGGAGUCCUCCUCCACCGCAGAGUGCAGCCACGACGCCCUGGGUGACCGUCCUGCAGCCCCUCCCGUGGUCCGUCCUAUCUCCACCUCCGCAGCCCAGCCGCGUGAAGGAAGACCUGCUGGAGCUGAUGAUGCUGCAGACCGCGCAGAUGCACCAGCUGCUGCUGAGUCGCCUGGUGGCAGCAGCGCUCAACCUCCAACCAGCCUCCCCUCUCCCACAGGUCUGCCCGGAAGGUCAGCAGGAGGAGCGUGGGGAGGAGGAGGAGCUGGAAGCCCCGGAGGAAGGGCCUUUGGUGCUCCACCACCACUACCUGCCCUGCCUGAUGCCCGCUCCGGAGCCCCUGCGACCCUGGCCAGCGCUGUUUUCAUCCCUUCCCCCAUAUCCGCCUCACUUGCAGGACACGUGCAGGAUUCAGCACCGCCCUCCUGCCUCCUGGAGAAGGGGGGUGUAAGUGAGGUGGGAGGUCUGGGCACUGCCAGGGCCCUGCUCUGGGGCUGGGCUGAAAGAGCUGGCCUGAGGCUGGGGGUGGGGAGAUAUUUGUGGGUGAAACACCGGAGGCCACUUCUGAUGGGGGUAUUUCUUUUCUCACUUCCAUUUCAGGAGAGCAGUGCCCCCUCCCCCACCCCCCAGCGCCACAGGGACUGUAGGUGCAGAUGUGCCCCCGGCUUCAGGUAGGGGCAGGUUCGGUGGCAGUGAGGCCCAGGCCUAGAGAUGGGUCAGAAGGCCAGGAGGAUCAUGUUCCCCUGGGGUGACUGUUACUGUCACCGCUGCAGGCAACUGGCCUGUCCCCACCCCUUUCUCUCCUUGGGGUCCACUGAGGCAGGAGGGAGUCAAGACUUGGGUGCUGUCUCCCCCCAGACUACUAUGACGCCGAGAGCCUACUGUGAAGACAGACGCUGGCCCAGGGACCCACGCCAGCUUCACUGCAGGGCUAGAAACAGCCCCGGAGCCCCCCACAUGCCCCCCGGGGCCUGCGGCCACGCCUUCUCUCAGCUCGGCCCCCAACCAGUCCCUCGCUUCCCUGUGAAUCAGUCCCAUCUCCACCCCACAAAGACUCUGAACCUGCCUCAUUUCUUCUCUGGAGUAAGAAGCCACAUGAAAGCCCCACUCUGCUCCACCGUUUCCUGCCUGGCUGUGGGGGGGCUGGGGACCUGAAAGCUCUCUCGACUUCCUCCCCUCCCCUCUCUCUGGGAAGAUCGGAGGGCUGCAGGGGUCUCCGUCUGACCUAAUAAUAGGGUAGGAGGUGAGAGUACAGGACUGCUUUUGUUGUCCACAGCUCUCUAAAGGCCCAGAGUGAAGGGGGAGACUCCUGACCGGGAGGGUCCUGGAGCUGAGCCACUUCCAUUGGGUCCCCAUCCUCACCCUUGGAAGCCAGCUCUGUUGACCAUGUCCUGCUCAUACCAGAAGUGGCUUGAGUUCCCAUAGGGCCACGUGGGAGCAGAGCAUGUCUGCCCCACAGGGCCAGGGUCCAUCUCCCCAGCCCUCCCUCAGGAGGAAUUUGUCACUCAGGGCCCAGUGGGGGUGGGUGUCUGGUGCCCGGGGUGGUCAGCACG